AUGACAACAUUAAGACCAUUCAAUUGUGAUGAUUUAUUCAAAUUCAAUAACGUAAAUCUAGAUACGCUUACAGAGACUUAUGCGAUACCAUUUUAUAUGCAAUAUCUUGCACACUGGCCGGAGUAUUUUCAAGUUGCCGAAUCUCCUACUGGAGAAAUUAUGGGCUAUAUUAUGGGUAAAUCUGAAGGACAGCCAGAUAGUUGGCAUGGUCACGUAACUGCAUUAACUGUUGCUCCGGAAUACAGAAGAUUAGGUGUUGCAGGAGUUUUAAUGAAUUGGUUAGAAGAAAUUUCGGAAAAAAAAGAUGCAUGGUUUGUUGAUCUAUAUGUGCGUGUCAGCAAUACAGUUGCCAUAUCAAUGUACAAGAGUUUAGGGUAUACAGUGUAUCGUACCGUAUUAGAAUAUUAUUCGGGCGAUCCCGACGAAGAUGCUUAUGAUAUGAGAAAAGCACUUUCUAGAGAUGUUGAGAAAAAAUCAAUUGUUCCACUAGAACAUCCAGUAAGAUUAGAUGACUGUGAUUAA